ACCUCUGCCCCGCCAGUCGAGAAUUAUUCCUAUUUCUAUUUUUAUCUCAAACCCUUUCUUCUCUCUCUGCUAUCGCGUUUCCCCUUCUCGUCUCCCGUCGCUCCUGAAACAGUUAAAGAUGGCGAACACUCGCCCUCCAUCGAAGCUGCUGGACCUCGACAUCACCAUCGUCUCUGCAAAACAUCUCAAGAAUGUCAAUUGGCGCCAUGGAGACCUCAAGCCUUACGCAAUCUUCUGGGUUGAUCCCGAUCGUCGAGUCGCUACCAAACCUGACGAGUCGGGAUCAACUCGUCCCGUCUGGAACGAACGCUUCACCCUCCCCAUUAACUUUCCCCUCCAAGACUCUCUUCUCUUCCUCGAAAUAUUCCAUUCCAAACCCUCUGAAACGCCCAAGCCUCUCGUCGGAACACUUCAGUUCCCUCUCAACGAUCUUUCCGAGUCGGACGAUCCUAAUCGUAUCAGAACCCUUGAGCUUCGUCGUCCCUCUGGUCGUCCCCAAGGCAAGAUCCGGAUGAAGCUCGCCAUCCGUGAGCGCCCUGCUCCGCCUCCUUCUCCGCCGGAUUUCUAUACUACCCCUCCUUCGAGCUAUUAUUACUCCAGUGCCCCCCCUCCUCCUUCUUCGCGUGAUUACAGGGGAUACUCUCAAUCUCUCUAUAGUUCGCCUCCUGCUCCAGUGCCGUCGGUGCCUGCACCAUCUCCGCCGCCUCAGUACCCAUACGGCAGUUACUCGGAUCCAUAUUCUGGUUAUUACUCGGGAUAUUAUUCUCAGCCCCCACCGCCGCCGAACCGGCCGUUCUUCGAUCGCGUCUCAUCCUCUAGUUAUGGUGCGCCAAGUGGGCCCUCAGCGCCUUCGUACGAUCAGAAGCCCAGGGGGAGCAAAAUGGGAUUGGGUACGGGUGUGGCAGUCGGAGCUGUUGCGGGGGCCUUGGGAGGGCUUGCUUUGGAAGAAGGGUUGAAGUACGAGGAAGACAAGAUUGCAGAGAGGGUCGAGAGCAACUUGGCUGCCAGGGACGAUUACAGUGAUUAUCGUGGUGAUUACCCUCACAGAAAAGGACUACUUGAAAAGGGAGUGAAAAUGCCUUUUUCUUCUUCUUCUCCGACUCUCAUCUCUAGAUGCUUUGUUUUCCCAGAGCAGAAAUCUUCAAUUGGGUCUCUUAAGCUCUCUGUCUCUGAUCUUCCUAUGCUUUCAUGUCAAUACAUACAGAAAGGGGUUCUCUUCACUCGCCCCCCUCUCUCUUUUGAUGCUCUCGUCUCUAUACUCAAACAAGGCCUUUCCCAGACCCUCACGCAUUUCCCAGCUCUAGCUGGCCGUCUCAUCACAGACUCCGACGGAUAUGUCCACGUGUCCUGCAACGAUGCAGGUGUCGAUUUCUUCCAUGCCAAUGCUACCUAUCUCUCAAUCCGUGACAUCCUCUCUCCAAUCGACGUGCCUAAUUCCGUCAGGAAGCUCUUCGCCUUUGAGGGCGCCGUCAGUUACGACGGCCAUUUCAAACCCAUAGCUGCCGUACAAGUAACGGAGCUCGCUGAUGGCGUUUUCAUUGGAUGCACCGUUAACCACGCUGUCGUUGACGGAACGUCGUUCUGGAACUUCUUCAAUACAUUCGCUGAGGUUUGCAGGGGAGUGAAUAGAAUCUCAAGGCCACCGGAUUUCCGCCGGAAUUUCGUGAAGGACUCACCGGCUAUUCUCAAAUUCCCCGAUGGUACUCCUAAGGUAACCUUCGACACCGAUGCGCCUUUGCGUGAGAGGAUCUUCCAUUUCAGCAGAGAAGCGAUUCUCGCACUCAAAUCAAGAGCUAAUGCUCCCUUGAGGAAACGGAUGGAAAAUGAAUUCUCCAUCGAAGCCGAGAUCCUUGGGAAGCAGAGCAACGAUGGUUGGAAGAUUAACGGAACUCACACCCCUAACGGCAAGAAGAUGACGGUGCUAGAGAGUUUAGUACGGAACGCCGUUUUGAAAUACCCAGGACACGAAACGGAAACGGAAACGGAAACGGAAACGGGAACGGGAACGGAGACGGAGGUGGUCUCUUCUUUCCAGUCGCUGAGUGCUCAGCUGUGGCGUUCGGUCACACGUGCGCGGAAGCUCUCACAAACUAAGUCCACGACCUUUAGAAUGGCAGUCAACUGCCGUCACCGUCUGGAGCCGCGUAUCGAUCCGUUCUAUUUCGGUAACGCAAUCCAGAGCAUCCCAACCGUUGCUUCCGCUGGUGAGCUCCUGUCGCGCGAUCUUCGCUGGUGCGCUACUAUGCUACACCGAAACGUGGUGGCGCAUGACGACGCUACGGUACGCCGGGGAGUGGAGGAGUGGGAGAAGAACCCACGAUGCUUCCCUCUUGGGAACUUCGACGGUGCGAUGAUCACCAUGGGAAGCUCGCCUAGAUUCCCGAUGUAUGAUAACGAUUUCGGUUGGGGCCGACCGUUGGCGGUCCGAAGCGGUCGAGCCAAUAAAUUUGAUGGUAAGAUCUCGGCGUUUCCAGGGCGGGAAGGUGGGGGGAGUGUUGAUCUGGAAGUGUGUUUGGCGCCCGAAACUAUGGCUGGGCUGGAGAACGAUUUCGAAUUCAUGCAGUACGUGUCUUGAUUCUUGAGAGAGAGAGAGAGAGAGUGUGUAACUUAUUACUUGCACUGCUGCAGUCUUGUUAGUUGUAUUUGGAUUGGAUUAACCGUUUCGUAUCGAUUUCUUUUCUCUAA